AUGGACAGCGUCGACCCGGACUUCGAAGGCCGCGUUCUGGUGGUGGCCAACCGUGUGCCCAUCUCCAUAAAGACCACUCAAGAGGGCGAGUUUGAGUACAGCAUGUCCUCUGGUGGCCUAGUUUCUGGACUCAAGGGCCUGGCAAAGGCCAUUGAUUUCAAGUGGUUCGGUUGGCCGGGCAUCGACGUGCAUCGCAAUGACAAAGACAAAGUGCGUCGACAUCUGCAAGACAAUUUUAAUGCCGUCCCCAUCUUCCUGUCUGAAACCCUUGCCGAAAUGCAUUACAACGGCUUUUCCAACUCAAUCUUGUGGCCGCUGUUGCAUCGUAUGCCCGACCAGGCUGGCUCGGACGAGAGAUGGUCAAAAGCCUACCAAGAGGUCAACGAAAUCUUUGCGGAUAAUAUCGUUCCCUACGUGGAGGAUAACGAUAUGAUCUGGGUCCACGACUACCACCUCCUGCUCCUCCCAGGAAUCUUGCGUGAGCGACUGAGUAAGAAAAAGAAUCUCAAAAUUGGAUUUUUCUUGCACACGCCCUUUCCCACCGAGGACUAUUUCACCAUCCUACCAUUCCGGGAGCAGAUUUGCAGGAGUUUACUUCUCUGUGACGUGGUAGGCUUCCACACCAAUCAGUACGCCAAGGACUUUCUGGAGAGCGCCCGCAUCGUCCUCAAGGGCGUGUCGAAAUCCCCCAGUGACCUACAUUGGAACCGCCGAAAGGUGAUUGUACACGGCUUCCCUCUUGGCAUUGAAGCAGACGAGUGGAAACAGAAGUUGGAAACAGACGCCGUCAAGCAAGAACUCGCCAACCUCCGCGAGGAGUUUGACGACCAGAAGAUCAUUCUCGGAGUCGACAGGCUUGACUACAUCAAAGGCAUCCCGCAGAAAUUACGCGCCUAUGAUCGAUUCUUGACGGACCACCCCGAGUGGGUGGGGAAAGUCGUCAUGAUCCAAUUGGCCAUUCCAACCCGAGAAGAUGUGGACGCGUAUCGAAGGCUGCGGGAGGAGGUCGAACUUCUUGUCGGCCGUAUCAAUGGCAAGCACGCAACAUUUAAGCACACGCCCAUCCACUAUUUACACCGUUCAGUAAAGCCGGAACAACUCUGUGCCCUGUAUGCAGUCUCGGACGUCUGCAUCAUUUCCUCCAUCCGAGAUGGCUUGAAUCUGGUGAGCUAUGAGUAUGCGGCAUGCCAGGAAGAACGCAAGGGUGUCCUGAUGAUGUCGACCUAUGCCGGGGCGAUCAAGACUCUGCCCCCAUCUUCCGUGAUUCUUCUCAACCCCUGGGACGCACCUCGGUUUGCCGAAAGGAUCAACCAGGCGUUGAACAUGGGUAUAGAAGAGAGGGCGAAGAGGCACAAGGAGAUGAUGCACGUUGUGGAUACUUGGACGAGUGUCAAGUGGGGCAAAGCCUUCCUCCAAACCAUGAUGAAGAUGGAAAUUCCCAAGGAUGCCGACAUGCCGGACCGCGACUCGCUGGAGGAAUAUAAUUCAGAGAUCCCGGACUCUGAGACUGGCACGAUCAAACCCUAG